UCCGGGUUGUGCGGUCCACAUGCAGGAAGUGACUUUUCAUCGACUGCUGCAGCCUCCCAGUGUCCGUGGAGAUCAGAGGAUGGACAAGCACAGGAGUCACAGGACAGAGAGGAUAAUAAAUAUCACCCUGGAGAUCAUCUACCUGCUGACUGGGGAGGAUUACACAAUAGUGAAGAAGACAUCCAAUGAGUAUGAGACACCCAGCAGCCAUCCCCGUGUAUCAGGAGGACUGAGUAGAACCCAGAGCCCAAUCACGGUGCCUCCACCUCACUCACUGACACAUGAGAGACACAAUGACCAGAAGAUCCUGGAACUCACCAACAAGAUCAUUCAGUUGCUGACUGGAAAGGAGGGGGAGUAUAUAGAGGAACACAGGGGUCUGUACAAGGACAUGAUGAUGGAGAAUCACCGGCCCCUCACAUCACUGGAUGGGCCCAGUAACAGAGAUACACCAGAGAGAUGUCCCCGUCCUCUGUAUUCCCAGGACUGUACAGAGGAGAAUCACAGGACCCCACAGGAGGAUCAGGUAGAAAAUCUUUCUCGUAUAAAGGCAGAAGCUAUAAGGAGAGAAGAAGAGACGUAUGUGACUGAUAUAAAGGCUGAAGAUAUAGAGGAAGAAGAGGAGACGUAUGUGACUGAUAUAAAGGCAGAAGAUGUAGAUGGAGAAGAAGAGACGUAUGUGACUGAUAUAAAGGCAGAAGAUACAGAGGGAGAAGAAGAGACAUAUAUGACUGAUAUAAAAGCAGAAGAUAUAGAGGGAGAAGAAGAGACGUAUGUGACUGAUAUAAAGGCAGAAUAUAUAGAUGGAGAAGAAGAGACGUAUGUGACUGAUAUAAAGGAAGAAGAUCUAGAGGGAGAAGAAGAGAUGUAUGUGAUUGAUAUGAAGGUAGAAGAUACAGAGGGAGAAGAAGAGACGUAUGUGACUGAUAUGAAGGCAGAAGAUAUAGAUGGAGAAGAAGAGACGUAUAUGACUGAUAUAAAGGCAGAAGAUAUAGAGGGAGAAGGAGAGACGUAUGUGACUGAUAUAAAGGCAGAAGAUAUAGAAGGAGAAGAAGAGACGUAUGUGAGGAGUGAUCAGCAGUGUAAGGAGGAGGAGAUCCCUACAGAUAUCAGCACAGAUGGGCACACAAGCAGGAACAUCUCAGAAGGACAUCUAAUGUUAUCCCUGGAUUCUGAAAUAACCGAUAACGACAGUAGACAGGAUUCUCCAGGAGCUAACCCCAUUACCCCAAUUAUACAUCCAGCUCUAUCAGCUGAUCCCCCUGAUCCUGGGGAAUGUUCUCCUGAUCACUCUGAUAUUGGUGCAUCUGUUAUAGCUCUGAGAGUAGAUUCAGUGUUUCCCUGUUCUGUAGAUGCCAAAUGUUUUACACAGAACACAAAGCGUAUUACCAAUCAGACAGCUAAGGCAGGUGAGAGUCCAUUUCCAUGUUCUGAGUGUGGGAAAUGUUUUACAUAUAAAUCAUAUCUUGUUAGACAUGAGAGAAGUCACACAGGUGAGAAGCCAUAUUCCUGUUCUGAGUGUGGGAUAUGUUUUACACAGAAAUCAGCUCUUGUUAUACAUCAGAGAAGUCACACAGGUGAGAAGCCGUAUUCCUGUUCUGAGUGUGGGAAAUGUUUUGCACUGAAAUCACAUCUUGUUAUACAUCAGAGAAGUCACACAGGUGAGAAGCCAUUUUCCUGUUCUGAGUGUGGGAAAUGUUUUGCACACAAAUCAUAUUUUGUUAUACAUCAGAGAAGUCACACAGGUGAGAUGCCAUUUUCCUGUUCUGAGUGUGGGAAAUGUUUUGCACAUAAAUCAUAUUUUGUUAUACAUCAGAGAAGUCACACAGGUGAGAUGCCAUUUUCCUGUUCUGAGUGUGGGAAAUGUUUUUCAUCGACAUCACAUCUUGGAAGACAUCAGAGGAGUCACACAGGUGAGAAGCCAUUUUCCUGUUCUGAGUGUGGGAAAUGUUUUUCAUCGACAUCACAUCUUGUUAUGCAUCAGAGAAGUCACACAGGUGAGAAGCCAUAUUCCUGUUCUGAGUGUGGGAUAUGUUUUACACAGAAAUCAGCUCUUGUUAGACAUGAGAGAAGUCACACAGGUGAGAAGCCGUAUUCCUGUUCUGAGUGUGGGAAAUGUUUUGCACACAAAUCACAUUUAGUUAUACAUCAGAGAAGUCACACAGGUGAGAAGCCAUUUUCCUGUUCUGAGUGUGGGAAAUGUUUUUCAUCGACAUCACAUCUUGUUAUACAUCAGAGAAGUCACACAGGUGAGAUGCCAUUUUCCUGUUCUGAGUGUGGGAAAUGUUUUGCACACAAAUCAUAUUUUGUUAUACAUCAGAGAAGUCACACAGGUGAGAUGCCAUUUUCCUGUUCUGAGUGUGGGAAAUGUUUUUCAUCGACAUCACAUCUUGUUAGACAUCAGAGGAGUCACACAGGUGAGAAGCCAUUUUCCUGUUCUGAGUGUGGGAAAUGUUUUUCAUCGACAUCACAUCUUGUUAGACAUCAGAGGAGUCACACAGGUGAGAAGCCAUUUUCCUGUUCUCAGUGUGGGAAAUGUUUUGCACGGAAAUCAGACCGACAGCGACAUCAGAGAAGUCACACAGGUGAGAGGCCAUUUCCAUGUUCUGAGUGUGGGAAAUGUUUUGCACAGAAAUCAGAUCUUGUUAGACAUCAGCAAAGUCACACAGGUGAGAAGCCAUUUCCAUGUUAUGAGUGUGGGAAAUGUUUUGCACAGAAAUCACUUCUUGUUAUACAUCAGAAAAGUCACACAGGUGAAAAUCCAUUUUCUUGCUAUGAGUGCAGGAAAUGUUUUACCCGGAAAUCACAACUUGCUACACACCAAAGAAGUCACACAGGCGAGAAGCCAUUUCCAUGUUCUGAGUGUGGGAAAUGUUUUGCGCAUAAAUCAGAUUUUGUUAAACAUUACAGAAGUCACACAGGUGAGAAGCCAUUUCCAUGUGCUGAGUGUGGGAAAUGUUUUGCACGGAAAUCAGAUCUUGUUGAACAUCAGAGAAGUCACACAGGUGAGAAGCCGUUUUCUUGCUCUGAGUGCGGGAAAUAUUUUUCCCGGAAAUCACAACUUGCUACACACCAAAGAAGUCACACAGAUGAGAAGCCAUUUCCAUGUUCUGAGUGUGGGAAAUGUUUUGCGCAGAACUCAGAUCUUGUUAAACAUUACAGAAGUCACACAGGUGAGAAGCCAUUUCCAUGUUCUGAGUGUGGGAAAUGUUUUGCACUCAAAUCAGAUCUUCUUAGACAUCAGAGAUAUCACACAGGUGAGAAGCCAUUUUCUUGCUCUGAGUGCGGGAAAAGUUUUACCUGGAAAUCCAAACUUGUUAUACAUCAGAGAAGUCACACAGGUGAGAAGCCAUUUCCAUGUUCUGAGUGUGAGAAAUGUUUUGCAUACAAAUCAGAUCUUGUUACACAUCAGCAAAGUCACACAGGUGAGAAGCCAUUUCCAUGUUCUGAGUGUGAGAAAUGUUUUGCAAACAAAUCAAAUUUUCUUAGACAUCAAAGAAGUCACACAGGUGAGAAGCCAUUUUUAUGUUCUGAGUGUGGGAAAUGUUUUGCACACAAAUCAGAUGUUCUUAGACAUCAGAAAAGUCACACAGGUGAGAAGCCAUUUUCUUGCUGUGAGUGUGGGAAAUGUUUUACACAGAAAUCAGAUGUUCCUAGACAUCAGAGAAGUCACACAGGUGAGAAGCCAUUUUCUUGCUCUGAGUGUGGGAAAUGUUUUACACAGAAAUCAGAUCUUGUUAUACAUCAGAGAAGUCACACAGGUGAGAGGCCAUUUCCAUACUCUGAGAAAUAAAUAUCUUGUUGCACAAAAUAGACAUCACUCAGGUGAGGAACCAUUUUAAUAUUCUGGAGUAUACUCAUCAUUGC